GAGGCGUGUCAAUAAACUAGGGUGUCGCCUUGGUGGGUCCAUUCGAAGGCGACGGCGGUCGUCUAUGUUUCGGUUUCAAACAAUUCGGGAGAUAUAAUCAGGAUAACAAGGGUGUUUAUUCUCCAAAAUAUCGUUUCCGAAACCCUUUUACUCUCCCGGACUGCUAAUCCAGAGUGACUGGAAUGAAGGGGUAUGCCACGAAUUUGAAUUAGCUCGCUUGUAGUUUGAAGAAAGAGUAAGUCGGGUUGAGGGGAGCCAUUUUGUCCCGACUGUGUGGGAGAAAGGAAGAGUGGAAAAAGGGAUAUCUCACAGAAGAGGAAAAUCCAGCUCCCUCUUUAGACAACAGGACAAGCCAACUGCACGGCUGCGGGUAUCACCGUGAGCUAGCUAGCAAGCUAUCAUCAUCAACACCCUUCACUCAAGUGCUAUGGUAUUGAUUGAAACCUGGUAAGGCGAGCUAGCUAGCUAAAUAUCAACAAGGAUUUCUACAAAUUUAUCAAGCUGUUUGUUCGAUUUGUUAGCGUGGCGAUUGCUCACCUGGUCCCCGAAGUGGAUUUUGACAUAGUAACAUUAGUAAAUUUACAUUUUUUAUAUAAAUGGCGAAGAAGACAUACGAUCUGUUAUUCAAGCUUCUCCUGAUCGGAGAUUCUGGUGUUGGGAAGACAUGCGUGCUGUUUCGCUUCUCCGACGAUGCGUUCAACACCACCUUCAUCUCCACCAUAGGAAUCGAUUUUAAGAUCAAAACAGUUGAAUUACAAGGAAAGAAGAUCAAGCUACAGAUAUGGGACACGGCAGGCCAGGAGCGGUUCCAUACCAUCACCACCUCCUACUACAGAGGCGCCAUGGGCAUCAUGCUGGUGUAUGACAUCAGCAACGCUAAGAGCUUUGAGAACAUCAGCAAGUGGCUGCGGAACAUUGACGAGCAUGCAAACGAAGACGUCGAGAGAAUGCUGCUAGGCAACAAGUGUGACAUGGAGGACAAGCGAAUCGUACCAAAGGCGAAGGGGGAACAGAUUGCCAGGGAGCAUGGUAUCCGUUUUUUUGAAACAAGUGCAAAAGCGAACAUCAACAUCGAGAAGGCAUUCCUCACGUUAGCAGAAGACAUCCUCAGAAAGACGCCCGUAAAAGAGCCCAACAGUGAAAAUGUGGAUAUCAGCAGUGGAGGUGGUGUCACAGGGUGGAAGAGCAAGUGCUGCAGCUGAACAACCUCACAUAGACUCACACACACACACACACACACACACACACACACACACA